CUAACGUCGAUGUUCAUAACCAUGUUUUAUCCAUAGAUGAUUCGAUGGUUUUGUCCAACAUAUUGAAAUAUAUAUAGUUUAAAGUUGGUUUCUCAAAUUCAUUUAGAGGUUACCGAGGUUUAUUAGCAUUUUAUUAGUUUAGAUUUAGAAUAAAUACAAAGUUGAUUUAUAAGGCGUUUUUAAUAAAAAAUGCGUGAAAGUAAUGGAAGCCCUUCUUUAAAAAAAGCAAAGCUGGAAAAUGAUAACAUUAUAGAAAAUAAUAUUAAGCUAGAACCAGUAGAAACAAAUACAAAAGUACGCCUUUGUCCUUAUUUGGAUACCAUUAAUAGGCAGUAUUUAGAUUUUGAUUUUGAAAAACUGUGCUCAGUAUCAUUAUCACGAAUAAAUGUUUAUGCAUGCCUUGUAUGUGGGAAAUACUUCCAAGGAAGAGGCACAAACACACAUGCCUAUACACAUUCUGUUGCAGAAAGUCAUCACGUUUAUUUAAAUUUGCAUACCCUAAAAUUUUAUUGUUUACCAGACAAUUAUGAAAUAAUAGACUCCUCCCUGGAAGAUAUCAAAUAUGUUUUAAAUCCUACUUUUACUCAAGAACAAAUAUUUCAUUUAGAUACAAAUACAAAAAUGUCAAGAGCUAUUGAUGGAUCUUUGUAUAUGCCUGGCAUAGUUGGUCUUAAUAAUAUCAAAGCUAAUGACUAUUGUAAUGUUGUUUUGCAGGCAUUAUCACAUGUUGCACCUCUGAGAGAUUACUUUUUAAGAGAAGAGAAUUAUAGUAAAGUUAAGAGACCACCUGGGGAUUCUUCAUUUGCCUUAGUCCAACGAUUUGGUGAAUUGAUGCGAAAAUUAUGGAAUCCUCGAAAUUUUAAGGCUCAUGUAUCACCUCAUGAAAUGCUUCAAGCAGUUGUACUUUGGAGUAGAAAGAAAUUUCAAUUUACGCAGCAAGGUGAUCCAAUUGAUUUUCUUUCGUGGUUUUUAAAUGCACUUCACAAAGCUCUAAAUGGUACAAAGAAGAAAGACAGCUCUAUUAUUUAUAAGUCUUUUCUAGGCCAAAUGAGAGUAUACACACGCAAAAUUCCUUCAACUGAUUUAGAUGAUAAGCAAAAACGAAAUUUAAUGAACACACCGGAGUACCAAGAAGUCGUAACUGAGUCACCAUUUCUGUAUUUGACAUGUGACUUGCCUCCUCCACCUCUUUUUAUUGAUGAAUUUAGAGAAAAUAUUAUUCCUCAGGUAAACAGCUCUUAUUUAUUAUCUUUAAAACCAUUAAAGAUAUUUAUCAUGGAUAGAAAAUAAAAUUUUGGGAUUACC